CUUAGCCCGCUAGUCACAUGAUGCUCAUAUAUCAGCGGUAGCAGCGAUAAAGUGGUAAAAGGCAGCUAGCUCAUACGCACAUAGAAAAAGUUAGGAGUCGUAACUGGACGCGUUCGUGUAAUUUUCAUUUAAGGAGCGACGCUGCGUCAUUCCCCCCAAAACCCGGUGCGCCUGACUUGUUGUUUUUGCGGUUGUUUUUGUCUGAUGCUAACGUUAGCAUAGAUUAGCACAGCGUCUGUAGCUCAGCAAGUACAGGCUCAGUGUCUCUGAGAUUUUUGUCCGGACCAGUGUUGAGACAGCCGCAGACAAACGAGCGAAGACAUGACGCAGGUGUUUGUUGUCCGGCCAUGGUGUCUGGGAGUAACUCUACCUUUGAUUUUAGCUGCUGUCUUGCACCAGGGUUUUGCUACUGUUGCCCCGACCCCGACCGGCCCGACCACGGCUCCACCUCACAAAGACCCCGAGAGACCUGACAGAGGAACCUACCUGGUCAAAAACAGCAACGGCACCGUUUGUUUACUGGCCAACAUGGGCCUUCAGCUCAACAUCUCCUACAACUCCAUCUCCCAGAAUAAGACUGUGCAGGAGAUCAUGAACAUUAAGCCCAAUUUGACGAGCAACGGAUCGUGCGAGGCCAACACUGCAUCCCUGUGGCUCGUAAUGGAAGCAGAGAAAACCAACCUCACCUUUGUCUUCUCUCUGAAUACCACGUCCAAAAAGUACCACCUGAGUGACGUGUCUCUGACUGCGGCCUGGCCUGACAUGAAGGAGCCGUUCUCAGCCCAGAACACCAGCCUGGACUACAUGCGGGGAACCCUGGGUUCGUCGUACAUGUGUCGCGAGGAGCAAACCCUCGACAUCGCCCCGACUCUGUCCAUCAACACCUUCCAGGUGCAGCUGCAGCCCUUCGGCGUGGAGGGAAAUCAGUUCGGAGCAGCUGAGGAGUGCCAGCUGGACGAAGACGACAUGUUGAUCCCCAUCAUAGUAGGAGCGGCCUUGGCGGGUCUCGUCCUCAUCGUGCUCUUGGCCUACCUCAUCGGCCGGAAGAGGAGCCACGCCGGCUACCAGACCAUCUGAGGUCGUUCGUUGCCCACGUGUUGCCCAGGGGCCAGAGCUUUUCCCACCCUAGAAAUUAACCACUGUUUUAUGAGACUUACCGCUUGACCCUUUUCCCCUUCGUCCCUCCCUCCCUCCCUCCCUCCACCCUUCAUCAUCUCCCCGCCCCCCCCUCCAUUGUGUGCCGUCCCCUGCCCUCAUCAGUAACACUAGUCGCCAUCACUAUGUGGAGGUUCAUACGCGCUUUCUAAACCGAGCCACUCUUUCGAUUUAAAAAAAAAAUAAAUAAGAAAAGGGACUUUGUUGGUGAGAUUAUGAUGAAAUGAGGAAAACUCUCCACUAGUACCGGGUAAAGCAGAGGAUGCAUGUCGAUCCGAGGGGUUAGUGAGAGUUCGCAAGUCGAGUUGUACUGUUUAUGAUUUCUGUGAAAGGAAAUUUUGAGGAAUUAAGGGAUUUAUUUUUAGGGGAUUAUUUCUUUAGUUAUUGUUGUUGUAUUGUUGUUUUUUUUGGGGGGGAGUUUGGGGCGUUUUUAGUUUCCCAAAAUGAAAUUUCUCGUUACAAAGGGAAUGAGUCGCGUGUUACACAUAAUCAACCUCAGACGAUGAGGAUCUGACGUUUAUUUAAUUUAAUUAAAAGUAGUAUGCACAAUUUUUUAGGGAACGUAGUAAAAACACAAUAAACUAAUCAAGUAAAUGAUGCAGAUGAGACGCGUUCAGGGUUGUGGUGGUCAAAUCCAUUUUGCUUCCUCUUAGAGGUCCACACAUUUAUUUAGUUUGGAAACUGACGAUACAGCAGACUUGGUUUCUGGUUUCAGCUUUUAUUCACUGCGGCUAGUUUGAAAUUCAUGUAGAGGGUUGAAUAAGAAGACUGACAUUUAAAUCUGUUAAAUAUUGAGCUACGUGAGUUUGGAGUAACCACUUGUUUUGCUCUGUCUCUGGGGUUUAA